AUGGCAAAUGGGAAAACACCGGAGCGCGAUCGCGCGGUCAUCUCCAAGUGUUCAGUUGCGAUCGCCGGCCACACCACACGCCCUCUGCCGUGCCUUUUUCACCACGUCGCGCUUUUACGGAUAGGCAUUGGGCGGUGCGGGAGUGCGGCGGACAUGAGCGCGGCGUUGCGCGUGGCGACGGUGACGCCACGCGCGCUCCCGCACAGGGCGGCGUCCGGCGCGACGGCCGGCCCGUCGCGCGAUCCGCAUCCGCGAUGGGCGCGCCUCGGUCCACGACGACGGGCGACCCCACCACUCCCGGAGUCGACGCGCCGACUUUCGGCGGAACGGACCCGCGCGACCGCGCGCGCGUCCACCACCGACGAGUCGUCCCAGCGCUCCGGCGGGGAGGCGCGCCAAAACACGACGGACGGCGUCGCACGCAUCGCGCGGAGGGAGGCGCUCGCGCGCGUCGAGGCGUCGCUCAACAGGAACGACGACUGGCGACAAGUCCUCGCCGUCAUCGAGGGCGCGUCGCGGGCAUCAGGCGUGCCCCCCGCGCGAUGCGUGCGCACGACGCGGCUGUGGGGACACGCGGGCGCGCGAUGGGACCUCCCCGCGGUGCUCGCGGUGCUGCGCGCGCUCGACGGCGCGGAUUUCGCCGCGUGCGUCCGGGCCGUCGGCGAGAAGGGCGGCGCGAGGGACGCGCUGGAGGUGUACAAGGAGGGGAUCAAAGCGGGGUACCAUCGAGACGACGGCGGCGCGUCGCGCGCCGCCAUGGCGUGGGUCCACGACGGCAUCGGACAGGGCAAGCAGGCGGACGCGCUGUGGGUCGACAUGCACGCGGAGGCGAAGCUGGGGCGCGUGGACGUCGCGAAGUGCGCGAGGGUCGCCGCGGGAUUGAACAACUGGAACCGCGGGGUUCGACGACGGAAGGAUCAGUCACCACCCCCGGACGCCGCCAGCUGUGCCGACGACGACGGACUGACUAAUCACAGAUCGAUGGAGUCCAUCGUGGAGGAGGUGUACGCGCUGGAGAUCGCCUCGAAGGCCCGCCGGCGCCCGCGCGCAGCCGCGGAUGCGUACGAGAGUCUCCGCGAUUACAUCCGCCGAAAGAAUCGCGAGGAUCCUUCCGGCGAUACAUCCGGCGCGAAGAAUUCGUCGCUUCGAUCCCGCUCGCUUCCAACGCGCGUGUACACCGCCGCGUGCAGGGCGGCGUCGGCGCUCAGGGAUCCCCGCUUCGCGCGUAACGUCGCGGUGGACAUCGUCGGCGACGGCGAUUGCGUCGCGGACGAUUACAUGGUGGCGUCGCUGGCGCCCGUCAUCGGAGCGUCGGGAACGGCCGCCGCCGCCGACGCCGUGGAGGCGCUCUUUCAAUCGGCCCGACGCGGACGGCACCAUGCGUGGGGUGCAGAGGGUGCCGAUGGGGGUGCCGACGGUUACGACGACGGUCAUGACGGUCAUAACAGUCUCGGGGGCGCGGCGUGGUCCUGCGUCAUCGGAGCGCUGUGCCGCGCGGGCCGAACGACUCGGGCGUCGGAACUGUUGGACGAGAUGGCGUCCGAGCCGUUCAUGCGCCGCUGGCCGUCGUGCCCCACCCCGGGCGGCGCGAUGCCCGUUCACGCGACGACAGGCGGCGGCGGCGCGCGGUCCUCCAUCUUCGACCUCAGCGUCGGGGCGGAUGAAAAAAACGACGGCGACGAGGCGGCGGCGGCGUGGGCGGCUGACGCCAAACGCGCGCGCCGAGCCGCCGCGCAGCGCCGAGCCGCCGCGCCCGCGUACGCUCAGCUCAUGCACGCGCUCCUCGCCUCCCGCUCCUCCCGGCGUGGCGCGAGGGCGGCGCUGGACGUCCACGCGAAGAUGGCCGCGCACGGCGUCGUUGCGCCGGAAAACCCGCGGCACUACCGAGCGCUGUACAAGGCGAUGCUUCGCGGGGGCGGCGCGGGGGGGCGGCGGAUGUCGCCGAUGCAGGCGGCGGCGUCGUGCGUCGCGGACGCCGUGGUUCGCAGCGAACACCUGGAACUGACGACGGGGUCGUCGAGUAACGUCGUCAAGUCUCGCGCCGCGUCUGCGGCUCGAGCGUCGCUUCACGUCGCCGCCGUCGCGGGCCUACCCGACGUUUCAUCGCGAACGCUGGAGAACUUGCGCGCCGCGGGGGUGGCGCCGGUGCCGGAGGAUCUCGAGCUCACGCUCGAGGCGUUCGAGCGCGCGGGGGACGCGGCGGGGGCGGUGGCGCUGUGGGAGGCGAACCUCGCCGCGCUGGACCAGCUCAAACGAGAGUCCGAGUCCGUACACGGGGGACGGGAGGGACGGGAGGGGCGCGAUAAAGGAGCGUAUGACGCCAGGCGCGUGGGCUUGGGCGGGUUGGGUUGCGAACCCACGCGGCGGGCGUGGACGUCCAUAAUCAAGGCGUACUGCGACGCGGGGGAGCCGGUCGGCGCGGCGAGGCUCCUCGAGGACGCGGUGCGCUCGGCCCGCGCGGUCAUCUCCGCCGAUUCUCGCGCGGCGGGGAAGAAGACGAAGAAGGCGAAGAACGGGAAAGCGAACGGAACCGUCGGCCGUCGCAAAAACGGCGCAACCGCGGGCGUCGAGCUCGUGGCGUUCAACCUCGUGGCGUCCGCGUUUUCGCGCGCCAACGAACCGCGACGCGCCGAGGCGAUCCUGAGGGCCAUGCUCGACGACCCGCACGGCGACGGCGUCGUGCCCAAGCCGGACCGAGCGACGUUCAACACCGUCAUCGACGCGUACGCCGCGGUGGCCAGGCCCAAACGGUCGACCGAGUCGCAAACCCACGCGCAACCCACGCGAUCGCAGCUCAACGAAGACUCCAACACGGAGCUCAACGGCGACGGCUUUGACGACCGUUACGACGAGCGUUACGAUGACGACCGUUACGACGACCGUUACGAUGACGACCGUUACGACGACCGUUACGAUGACGACUCCGAAGACGCGUGCGACGCCGCGUCGCGCCUCCUGCGCGAGAUGCGCUCCCCGAAGGUCCGCCUCGAGCCGUGCCUGAAGACGUGGACGAGCGUGCUGAGCGCGUGCGCCAGAGCGGGCGCGCCCGACCGCGCGUCCGAGGUUUUCGACCGGAUGCGAGCCGCGGGCGUGACGCCCGACGCCAAGGCGUGGACGGCGCUGAUGCAGGCGCACGCGUGCGCGGGCGACCUUCACGCCACCGCCGACGCGUACUGGCGCAUGAGAACCGAGGGCGUCGCGCCGAACGAGGGGACGCUGGGAGCCGCGCUCGCGGCUGGGAGGGUCGGCGGCGGCGACGUCGGCGCGCUCAUCGCCAUCUACCGAGACAUGCGCGCGCUCGACGUGCGACCGAACAAUCGCGGGUUUCGGCAGCUCACGGAGAUGUGGGUGGACCAGGCGUUUGAACCGGCGUCCGGAGGCGCGUCUUCUGGAAGCGUCCAGAGCUCUCACCCGUCGCACGUCGUUCACCCCAACUUCAUGCUGGCGGACGUCCUCGGUCCCGAGGUGGACGGACCCGCGGAGUCCAUCGCGUCGCACGAAUCCGCCGUCGUCUCCAGAGACGCUUCCGAUUUGUCCGGCUCUAUGUCCGACUCUCCGAUGAAUUCUCCGAUGAUCGACGUGCACGGCUUGUCCGUCCCGGAGACGCGCGCGGCGGUGCUCUCCGUGCUCCAAGCGUUGCGCGAGCGGCGCAAGCUGGGGCUCGCGGUGCACGGGAACCUGGUCAUCGUCACCGGCGUCGGCAAACGCUCGCCAUCCGAACCUCCGCUGAGGGACGCGGUUGUUAAACUGGCUGGCGACUUGAAGCUCUCCGUCGACGUCGCGGACGAUAACCCCGGGCGGCUCGUGGCGAGGGAGGCGACGCUGCUGGCGUGGCUGGACAGGGACAGGAACGAGACGUGGUCCAAGGAGAGGGAGCUCGUGGCGUCGGUGCGGGUGCCUCGGGGGAAGUCUUCGAAGUCUUCGAGCGAAAGCCGGGGGUUUCGGGUUGGCGCGAAUCGGAGCUCGAGGAGGAGCGGAGCGGGCGGGAAAGCGGGCGGCGGCGGCGGCGCGGGGAGGAGGUACGUCGGGCGCAGGGGACGCGGCGCCCCGCGUCCAACGCCGACGACGGGGGGACUGGACAGCGCGCUCCGCCAGUGGCUCGACGAGAACGACGGCGACUGA